AUGGCAUCUCAAUGGUUCAUAUCAUUCGCAAUUGUUUGUUUGGUACGACUUGGUUGUACUGGACGUAUAUUGCCUUUGGAUAAUCAACAUGCACUUGAUAAUUAUUAUGAAAAUGCUUUGUUGGGUCUAUCAAUCGAAAAGCCUGAUGGAUGGUAUAAAAUGACUGAUGAUGAAUUACAGUCAUUAUUCCAAAUUGUUACUGGUCCAUUGCUUUCUAAUAACAAUAUAACAAGUGACAAGGUAAUCCCGUUAUUUGAUUUCAGUAAAUAUCAAAUUGGUAUUCAAAAUGGAAAAUUUAAUCCAAACAUUGUUGCAGUGGUUUCGAAAUUGACAGAUGAAGAUAUGAAGGAAAGUGAAUGCGAUAGUUUUAUUAGUUCAAACAAAUUACUUCAAGGUACACAACUAGCAACAACAGAUAUAAGUAAUUGCGCUAAAGUUAAUUUCGAUGGAAAAACGUUCUCCAGUCAAAUAUCACAUUUAAGUGUGAACGGCAUGAAUUUUACACAAGUUCAAUUUGUUCGACAUUCAAAAAAUAAUUAUUUCUUUACUUUCACAUUAUCUUACAACGAUGAGAUUAGCAAAUCUCAACUUGACAAUACUAUGAAAUCAUUGAAAUUUUCGGAUGAAUGA